CGCCCAGCUCCGUUUUUCUUCACUUUUCCGUCCAUUUCAGCUCGUCGUCAUUACCACCAUCCUUUUUAACCGGGACAACAUGGCUACCGCGGCGAGUCGUUACUACAGCGAAGACGGCAGGGCCACCAAAAGACAGAAAACCGACGGAAUGGCCACGGGAUAUGAAGAUCCACACAAGACCCUUCCGUCUGUGGUGGUCCAUGUCCGGGGGCUGGUCGAUGGCGUCACAGAAGCCGACCUUGUGGAGGCGCUGCAGGAAUUUGGAGCAAUCAGCUAUGUGGUGGUGAUGCCCAAGAAGCGUCAGGCGCUGGUGGAGUACGAAGACAUGAACGGGUCCUCCACGUCUGUUACAUACGCCGCAGACAACCAAGUUUACAUCGCCGGACACCCAGCCUUUAUCAACUACUCCACCAGCCAGAAGAUCUCCAGGCCAGGAGACUCUGACGACUCGAGAAGUGUCAACAACGUCCUCCUGCUCACCAUCAUGAACCCCAUCUACCCCAUCACCACGGAUGUUCUCUACACUAUCUGCAACAACUGCGGGCCUGUCCAGCGAAUCGUCAUCUUCCGGAAGAACGGCGUUCAGGCGAUGGUUGAAUUUGACUCUGUGCAAAGUGCCCAGAGAGCCAAGGCAUCACUCAACGGCGCAGACAUCUACUCUGGCUGCUGCACACUGAAGAUAGAGUAUGCUAAGCCCACUCGCCUGAAUGUGUUCAAGAACGACCAGGACACCUGGGACUACACAAACCCCAACCUGGGAGGUCCAGAUGGUGACGCAGAUGGCAAUGGGAGCAAUUCAGAGGAUGUGGCUGCCAACCCCAACAAGCGCCAGAGACAGCCUGCCCUGCUGGGCGACCACCCUCCAGAGUACGGAGGAGGUUACCAUGGCUACGACGAAAGCUAUGGAUCCCCGCCCUACGAGGGUCGGCGCAUGGGUCCGCCAAUGAGAGGGCGCGGAGGAAGAAGCUAUGGGCCAGGCUACGGACCACCUCCCCCUCCUCCCGGCGAGUAUGGUGCCCACGCCGAUUCUCCAGUGGUCAUGGUGUACGGACUGGAACCCGUCAAGAUGAAUGCUGACCGUGUCUUCAAUAUCUUUUGUCUCUAUGGCAAUGUAGAGCGGGUGAAAUUCAUGAAGAGUAAGCCUGGGGCAGCCAUGGUGGAAAUGGGAGACUGCUAUGCUGUGGAUCGGGCCAUCACUCAUCUCAACAACAACUUUCUCUUUGGGCAGAAGCUGAAUGUGUGUGUGUCCAAGCAGCAAGCAAUCGUGCCCGGUCAGUGCUAUGAGCUGGAAGAUGGCUCGAGCAGUUUCAAGGACUUCCACGGCUCCAGGAACAACCGCUUCACGUCACCAGAACAGGCAGCCAAGAACCGCAUCCAGCACCCGAGCAACGUGUUGCACUUCUUCAACGCCCAGCCCGACGUCACGCCAGAGAUUUUCUCUCAGAUUUGUGAUGAGAUUGGUGUCAAGGUCCCCAUCAACGUCAAAAUGUUCACAGGAAAAAGUGGUGCAGCUCCCAGUGAUCGCAGCGCGUCGGGUCUGCUAGAGUGGGAGUCCAUCAACGACGCCAUGGAGGCUCUGGCCUUGAUCAACCACUACCAGAUGAAAAACGCAAUCUCUUCUUUCUUACCAGCCGGUCCGUACCCUUACACCCUCAAACUGUGCUUCUCCACUGUUCAGCACGCCAACUGAGCGCACCCGUUUCGCCAGGCAGAGGAAGAUUGGUCCACCAUUCCCAUGUUCACUUGUACUUAGACAUGACUGCUUGCAACGAACCUGGGGAAAAUUGAUGUUCAAAAAUUCAGUGAAAUGUUCUUUCACAUUUACAAUCAACCCCCCAAAGGUCAAACUCCCUUGUAUUUGGUAUGAAGCAGAUUUAACAAGUGUUAACGUGCAUUUAAAGUUUUUGAUAUUUAUGCCCCAGAUGUGGUUUAUAGCGUAUCAGUACCUGUGUCUUCGAUAUUAAGUUGUCCUUUUUACUUUUUUGUAUUAUGCUUAUGCAGUGACCUGACAUGUGAGAAAGGAGGUUUGAAAGACUUGGUUUUAUGCUCAGGUGGGGCUGUGGCAGUGGACAUGGUUUUGUAAGAGAGCUGUCUUUUGAAACUUUUAUUAUGGCUCACUUUUUUCUUUUUGUGUUAUUUUAGUUGCUGCCGAUUCAGUUCUGCAAGAGUUUUGUUCUAAGAAAAUAAAAAACUAAAUUUAAAAAAUCUAUACAAA